AUGACCGAUUUGUGUGGUGUGCGUUACCUUUGCUUUUGUUCUUUCUCUCUCUUUUCUUUUUUUUUUUUUUUCUGUGUGUGUGUGUGUGUGUGUGUGUGUAUAAUAUCUACUCGAUGCUCACACACUUGGCCGCGGCAUGAUUUCCCGCUGCGUAUUGUUUGUUUGUUUGUUGUUUGUUGUUGUUGGUUUUUGUUUUUUAUUUCUGUGUGCAUGCAGGGAGCGGGGAGGGAAGAAGGUCGGGUUGGUGGAAGGACGAUGACCGACGUUGUGGAGGCGCCUCGACCCGCGACGGUCGCUGAGGCCUUUGCAAAUACCGCGAAGGCAUUGGAGCAGUUCAACAUUGAGCGAAUACGUGUGGAGGGACUCAGCAGCACGCAUUGCUGGAAACACGAUAAGAACGACAUGGAAAAGGAGGAGGACGUUCGAACGCUCACGGAACAGGCAUUUAUGCGGGAAUUUGUCUUUCAGUCCCGACCGUGUGUCAUUGUUGGGGCACUGGAGGACUGGCCUGCCAUGCAGCGCUGGCGUGAUGACAGGUAUCUUUUUGACUUGGAUGGACACUUGUCAGGUGUGCGCAGGGAAACAGAUGACGCUGCCGCCCCGUCCAGUGAAGAAACGGCAGCAACGGGUGAUGUGGCGGUUGUGCCCAAGAACAAUGAUCAUGACUCGUCUGACGACAGCACCCACCCGCGUGAGCGUGAAGAGGAGAAGGACGGCUUGAAGCGAGUGACGGUCGCACUGACGCCGAAUGGCCGCGCCGAUGCAGUAACGUAUGUGACGUAUCAAGGCGCCCGAGAGGAGGGAAGAGAAAAUGAUGCCGAUGGAGAGAAGGAUAAUGUGGAGGAGCAUUUUAUAAAGACGGAAAAAUUAUUUAUGGCUGCCGCAGAGAUUCGUGCAACGUUGCCAGAGUUGUACCAUCUUCUCCGCGAGAAUCCACUUUACCCGCCGGUGCGGCCGGUUUUUGUCGACCUGCGCCGCCCUGCACCGGUUGUUGCCUACGCACAGAUGCAAAACAACUGUUUGGAGGUGGAGUAUCAGCACCUCCACGGCGACAUUCGCCCGGAGCUUGAUCGAUUUGGUGAGCGCGUUUUUGGCGAACCGCAUGAGGCGGCAAACGUGUGGUUUGGCACCCCUGCCUCUGUGUCGUCGAUGCACCAGGACUGGGUGGAGAACUUGUAUGCGGUGGUACGUGGCGUGAAGGAAUUUAUACUCAUCCCGCCUUGGGAAGGUGUGUUUGUGCCAAAACCCGAACUGCCCUCCGCGGCGUUUUCUGUCCAGCGACAGGACGGCGUGAAUGGCUAUGUCUUUUCUGGUACACCCGUACAUGAUGGCUUGACGAUACCAUGGAUGGAUGUGGAGUUUACACCGGCCGCACUGGAGGAUGUAUCGCUCAUGCCAACAAACAUGCAGGAGCGGUUGCAUCCACUUGUGGUUUACGUGCAGCCAGGGGAAGUGCUUUAUCUUCCCGCCAUGUGGCUGCACCGCGUGGCGCAGCACGCCGAUGAUACCGAUCGUCUUGCAAGGGAAACGCAGUUGACAUCAUCAUUGCAAAGUACACAGGAUCCACCACUGCCUUUGAUUGCGGCGGUAAAUUAUUGGUAUGAUAUGAGCUUUACAAAUCCUGCUGUUGUCAUGUUGCGUGAAUUCGGUUUACUGUUGUGA